ACGGUCUCUGGCUGCGUUUGGGCGGCCCCGGGACCACGGAAGAGGCUUCCCUGGUCGGCCGCGAUGCCUAGCUCGCGGCGGGUCAGUCAGCUCCUGGAUCUAUGCCUUUGGUGCUUCAUGAAGAAUAUUUCCAGAUAUAUCACAGACAUUAAGCCUUUGCCUCCAAACAUAAAAGACAGACUGAUUAAAAUAAUGAGUACCCAGGGGCAGAUAACAGAUUCAAAUAUAAGUGAGAUUUUACAUCCUGAAGUCCAAACUCUAGAUCUACGGAGCUGUGAUAUUUCAGAUACUGCUCUCCUGCACCUGUGCAACUGCAGAAAGCUGAAGAAAUUAAAUUUAAGUUCCUCAAAAGAAAACAGAAUUUCCAUAACUUCAAAAGGAAUAAAAGCAGUGGCUUCCUCCUGUUCAUACCUGCAUGAAGCUUCUUUGAAAAGAUGCUGCAAUCUCACUGAUGAAGGAGUCCUUGCUCUUGCACGUAACUGCCGGCUACUAAAGAUAAUUGAUUUAGGUGGCUGUUUAGGUAUUACUGAUGUGUCCUUACAUGCAUUAGGAGAAAACUGCCCAUUUUUGCAGUGUGUUGAUUUCUCAGCUACGCAGGUGUCAGAUGAUGGGGUGGUUGCGCUUGUUAAUGGACCUUGUGCCAAGAAAUUAGAGGAGAUUCAUAUGGGACAUUGUGUGAAUCUGACUGAUGAAGCUGUAGAAGCUGUCCUCACUUGCUGUCCUCAGAUACGUAUAUUACUCUUCCAUGGAUGCCCCCUAAUAACAGAUCAUUCACGAGAAGUCCUGGAGCAAUUAGUAGGCCCAAACAAACUAAAGCAAGUGACUUGGACUGUUUAUUGAUGCUUAUCGAAGCUUAUCAAAGCAAUGAUCUUCAUACUACAUUCCCAGGAAACAAUGGUUUUUGAGAUUGGCUUUCCAAUAAUGUGGUUUUUGCUUUGAAGUUAACCAGACUCUUAAACAUUUUAAUAGUGGUAUUAUUCUAUGUUUGUUUGAGGAGUCAUUGUUUUUGACAUGGUAAGCCUAGCAUGCCCUCUGAUGUAUUCGGGGUGGGGGUAGGGGGAGUAUUGUGUUUGUUUCUUAAAUAACAAAGUUUUAAAUUACCAGUUUUCCCUGGAGAUUUCCUUCUCCUACUUACAUAUUUGAGCCAUUAUAAGAGAAAUUUUACCAAUAUGAAUAACCAUUAGAAUUCUAAGCAUCUCUAAAGGCAUAAUUACCUUCCUAACUAUUUUCUGGCCCCUACCUUCCUGAAGUAUUUAAGUGGUCAUUGGCUAAAAGGAAAGCUGAACAUCAGGCCUUUAAAUCUUCCCAGAAUUCAAUAUUUCAAUAAAACAAAGAAAUAUAAUAGUUUAAUGCCAUAAACCCAUGACAUCAUACACCUCAGCCAUUCAGCAUAUGAAUGUUACUGAGGCCCUUGCCCAGCCACUUACUUUUUAUGGCUACUUUUUCCAAAUACGUGCUAUGCAUCUAUGAAAUUUCUUCCUUAAAAACUGCAUUCAGGAAUGUGUAAGAAUGAGUAGCUACAAAAUAUUAUAGAGGCUGUUUCUAAAGCUCUGUUGGUUUCACAUUGUGAAACAAAUAGCACAGGUCUUAGUUUUCAAAUGUAUUGCUCUUUUAUUAUCACACGUAUACAGUGAAAUAUACAGUGUUUAAACUACCCCCAAAUUCAGAAUAUUCCCUGUGCCAUGAGCCUGUCUCAGUGGGACUUUCUUAAAGAUUUUCUAUUUUAACUCUGAUGUAGUGCAAAAGAAGGGAAGUAUAGCAUAGGCAAAAUUCUUCUACAUGUUUAGGAGGGUUUACACAGUCAACUCUAUUUCUUGACCUUACUAUUAAUUACUUUAUAAAUAUGGUAUGUUUAUAGUAUGGAUAUAUAUAUUGCCCCUCAAAGGUGGUACAUAGGUAUAUGUGUAAAAUGGGUAAAGCCUGUUUUACCUGUGAAUUUUCUUUUAAGUAGGUUCCACCAAUGUGGGGCUUGAACUCAUAAUCCUAAAAUUAAGACUCAUCUCCUCUAUGAACUGAGCCAGCCAGCUGCCCCUAAAGACAAAUUCAAUAAAAUUUAAUAGUAAAUAUCAAACAAAGUAGCUUUUUCCUCUCUUGGGGAAACAAGUUUUAAGAUCUAAAGAUCAGCUUUUUAGGGUCUGUAAAGGAUUAUCUUCCUAAAGCACUUUGCAGUUUAAUAUUCUUGACUUUUUAUAUUGCUGGUUGUAUUAGCUAUUUCUAUUUAAAAUUUCAGGACCCCAUGCCUAUCUAUCUCUAUCAUCCUCACCUGUUACCUUGAUCUCUAUUUUUCUCCUUACCAUCUAUCACCAUCUGACAUCUUGUCUAUUUUUUACUAUCUGUCUCCCCACCCUAGAAUAUAAGCUUCACGAAGACAGAAAAAAAUUUUUCCCGUUGCUGUAUUCCCAGUACCUAGAACAGUAUCUGGUACAUAACAAGCACCCAAUAUUUGUUGAAUCGAUGGACACAGAAAAAAAUAAAGGACAAAAAUAAAUAAAUAAAAAUAAUCUCCGUACUUCCAGUUUCUGGUCUGAUGUUAUAAAGAGAUUGGAAGUCAUCACUCCUGUCCUCGAAAGAUAAAAGCUGAACAAACUGAAAGUCAUUAAGUGCUACAAUACUGCUUGUACUAUACGUGGACUUGGCCUAGUUAUAAAUAUAUACCACUAAAAAAAAUUUUUUUUAGUAUGUAUAAUUGAUAUCCUAAGGGAAGAGAGAGAAUCAUAGAAAAUGCUCAAUUAAAAGCAGAGAAGGCACAGGGCACCUGGGUGGCUCAGUCUGACUUAAGCGUCUGACUUCAGGUCAGGUCAUUAUCUUGCACUUUGUGAGUUUGAGCCCCACUUCACGCUCUGUGCUCACAGCUCAGAGCCUGGAGCCUGCUUCGGAUUGUCUCCCUCUCUCUCUGCCCCUCCCCUGCUCUCUCUCUCUCUCUCUCUCUCUCAAAAAUAAACAUUAAAAAAAAAUUUUUUUUUUUUUUAAAGCAGAGAAGGCAGGGGGCACCUGGGUGGCUCAGUCAGUUAAGCGCCCGGCUUUGGCUCAGGUCAUGAUCUCACAGUACAUGAGUUCGAGCCCUGCAUCAGGCUCUGUGCUGACAGCGCAAAGCCUGAAACCUGCUUCAGAGUCUGUGUUUCCCUCUCUCUGCCCUCCCCUGCUCACACUCUGUCUCUCGCUCCAUCUCUCUCUCAAAAAUAAACAUUAAACAAAAAAAACUUUAAAGCAGAGAAGGCAGGACAAGAGUAGAACACCAAAAGUAAACCAGGAACUCGGGAACAAAUAGGAAACAGUUACAAAUAUGGAAGAUAUUAAUCCAACUAUAUCAAUAACCACUUUAAAAUUGAAUGGUCCUUUUUUAUUUUUUUUUUUUAAUGUUUAUUUAUUUUUGGGGCACCUGGGUGGCUCGGUUAGGUGUCCAACUUCAGCUCAGGUCAUGACCUCACAGCUCGUGCGUUUGAGCCCCGCAUCCGGCUUUGCACUGACAGCUCAGAGGCUGGAGCCUGCUUCGGAUUCUGUGUCUCCCUCUGUCUCUGUCCCUCCCCUGCUCAUGCUCAGUCUCUCUCUCUCUCUCUCUUUCUCUCAAAAAUAAACAUUAAAAGACAUUUAAAAAAUUUAAAAAUAAAUGUUUAUUUUUGAGAGAGAGCACAGGCAAGCAGGGGAGGGGCAGAAAGAGGGAAACACAGAAUCUGAAGCAGGCUCCAGGCUCUGAGCUGUCAGCACAGAGCCCGAUGCGGGGCUUGAACCCAUGAACCGUGAAAUCAUGACCUGAGCCGAAGUUGGACAUUUAACUGACUGAGCCACCCAGGCGCUCCCUGAAUGGUCCUUUUUAAAAAAAAAAAAAAGGAUUUUUUUAAGUAAUAUCUACACUCAACGUGGGGUGAGAUCAAGAGUCCCAUGCCCAACUAAUUGAGCCAGCCAGGCACCACUAAAUGUGAAUAGUCUUAAUACAAACCUGUUUGUUAAACUAUGAAGUCAUUCACAGCUCACCAUUAUAUACAUGGGAGAUUUUAAAAUAAGUAACAUUUGGAUCCCUCAACGACCUUCUUGUGCUCUCCAAAUAAAUCAUCAAGAGAGGAUAAUAGAAGCAGGGUUCGUAGAUAUUUAAGCUUAAAUCUUCUCUUUGUCUCAGGUUAAUUUCCACAGUGCUCCAGAGUGUAAUUUUCUCCAAUUUUCUCUUUCUUAUCUUGCUAAGAAGGGCAAUAACCAGCAGAAUACUCUGAAUCUUCAAAGGAUAUGUCAACAAAACUCUUUCCUCUCAAAUAUCAUCCAAUGCCAUUGUAGCCUGUAAUUUCUAUUAAUUUUAACCAAGGCUGAAUAAAAAUUUACAGUUGAUAAUGUUUGAGACCCAGUAAACCAGCAGGAAUUAGAUGCACAAAAGUUGUUUCAGUAGGCUGGAAUAAAUUCUGACUUCCAAGUUCAAGAAUCCCAAGUUCCUCUGCAGCCCCAGCUCCAAAAUUCCCAUCUAAUUAUCCUAUUUUCCUAUCUAAGCAACAACUUGUCCUUUACUGCUUUCUGCACAUUUCUGCCGUAUGACUAUAACUGAUCACAUCUCCUUGGUACCCUAAUCCCAGUGGCAUGCAUGUAUUAUUAGAAAGCUUACAUAUAAUGCGUAUGUUAUAAACAAUUCCUAAGCAGUGUAUAAGAACAUGAGAGCACAUUAGAAAGGCUGCAUCUUCUACUUCACUUGUAACAUAUAUGAUGCUGGUGUUUAGUUUUAAAUUAGAAAAUAGAAAAUAUAGUACAUAGGGGCACCUGGGAGGCUCAGUAGGUUGAGCGUCUGAUAUCAGCUCAGGUCAUGAUCUCAUAGUUCAUGAGUUCAAGCCCCGCGUUGCCUUGCUGCUGUCAGGGUGGAGCCCGCUUCAGAUUUUCUGUCCCCCUCUCUCUGCCCUUUCCCCACUCGUGCUCACUGUCUCAAAACUAAACAUUAAAAAAAGUAAAAAAAAAAAAAAAGAAAAUGUAGUACAUAUAAUUAGUACAAAAUUAUAAGACCCAAAGGUAAAACCUAGGUCUCCCUCCCACCCCAGUCUACCAGCUGUCUGGUACCCUACCCCGAACGCAACCACUGUUACCAGUUACUUAUUUAUCUUUUCAGGGAUAGUCUAUGUAUGUUGCAAGCAAAUACGUAUUUUAUAUGUGAACAUAUAUGUAAGUACAUAUGUAUAUCUUUUCUAUAUAAAUAGUGGUAUACUGUACAUAUUCUUCUUUACAUUCUCACUUAUGUCAUAGGGUUUUUUCUGACUUAUCAGAUCCUGACAACCUGGGACAUGUAGUGGUAGCAUAACCAAUUUCUAGCUAACCUUAGCGAGAUAUAAAGAGGCAUCAUAAGGUGUCACAGUACAGAGUAUGUAGGAAAUUCUAGAAUCUUUAUUUUUAUGCAUGACUGUCCAUUGAGGUCCUAUUAUAUAUUAUGUACUUUAUGCUUUCAUUUAAUAUAAUAGCCUUUGAGGUGAGGUUUACUAAGUUUUGGUACAAUUUUAUAGAUGAGGAAAUUAGAGCUCAGAGAGCUUAACUACCUGAAAAUCCCAACUAGAAAGUGACAGAGUUGCCUGACUCCAAAGCCCGUGUACUCUGUACCAUACUAACUGCAUCUUUGAUCUUUACAGGUAAUUUUUUGGAAAUACAGCAUUCUUAUAUA